GGCCUUUGGAAUCAAACAGAGACAAAGAUCGACAUCGGCACCGACCAGGUCAUUAUUGAGCGCUUUCCCUCAACUCUUCACUUCUCUCCACGAUGUCAGCAAUAAAAACGUCUUGGGCCGAUGAAAUUGACGAAUUAGAGGCGCCAGUACAGAAAAUAUCCGACUCCGUCGAUGAGAACGGCAUCCGAACAACUGUAGAAUAUGUUUUGAACGAUGAGGGAAAGAAGGUGAAGAUUACCCGACGAAUCAAACGGACCCUCCAAAAAGCUUCUGUGGAUCCUAAAAUCGCACAGCGUCAAAAAUGGGCGAAAUUCGGCCAAGAACGGGGAAACAAGCCUGGUCCUGAUCGUGCAACGACGACAGUUGGAGAAAAUGUGGGAUUGAAGCUGAGCGUCGGGAAUAAGGUUCGCGCUUCUGCUUGUGCCACCUUGUGGAUUGCUAUACUUUUUGAUUUACAGUCGUCUGAUGCUGAGCCCACGCAAGAAGAGAGCAUGAAGAGCAAGCUCGCAAAAUCCGGUGCUGGCAAGGUCAACUGUAGGAUUUGUAAGGGUGACCAUUUCACCGCGAAAUGUCCCUACAAAGAUACGUUGGGUGCUCUUGAUAACCCUGACACCGGUGCAGGACCCGAUGAUGGUCUAACCAGCGAUGCCACGCCUGCUGCGCCUGCCACAACGGGAGGCAAGUACGUACCACCUUCAAUGCGCGCUGGGGCUAGCAGGCCAGGUGAAUCUAUGCGCGGACUUUCUUCCGGUGGCAACAGGGACGACUACCCUACGUUGCGUGUCACAAAUGUCAGCGAAGAUACGCAAGAGAACGAUCUCCGGGAGCUCUUCCAGGUGUUUGGCAGAAUAAUGCGUGUGUAUGUUGGCAGAGACCGCGAAACUGGUGCUGGCAAGGGCUUUGCCUUUGUUAGCUUCGAUGAAAGGGCCCAUGCGCAGAGGGCGAUGGAAAAGAUGAAUGGGUUCGGUUAUGAUAACCUCAUUCUGAGUGUACAGUGGAGUCAACCACGUCCCGAACAGAGAUAGAGAGGCGGUAGUGUCGUUGAUACCGGUCGAUCUUCUUCUAGUGUGGUCUUACAUAUGCUCUCGCUAAUACAUGUUUUGGGUGGACCUCGGGACGCCAUCACGGCAUUCAGAGAACAACAUAUGACAGUGAUGAAGCUCAAGUGGGGACAUAAUUUAUUGCAGAUUCGAU